UGACACAACAACAGCAGCCUCUGUCUCUUCUACACAGGUGACACAACAACAGCAGCCUCUGUCUCUUCUACACAGGUGACACAACAACAGCAGCCUCUGUCUCGUCUACACAGGUGACACAACAAAAGCAGCCUCUGUCUCGUCUACACAGGUGACACAACAACAGCAUCCUCUGUCUCGUCUACACAGGUGACACAACAACAACAGCCUCUGUCUCAUCUACACAGGUGACACAACAACAGCAGCCUCUGUCUCUUCUACACAGGUGACACAACAACAGCAGCCUCUGUCUCUUCUACACAGGUGGCACAACAACAACAGCCUCGUCUCGUCUACACAGGUGACACAACAACAGCAGCCUCUGUCUCUUUUACACAGGUGGCACAACAACAGUAGCCUCUGUCUCUUCUACACAGGUGACACGACAACAGCAGCCUCUGCCUCGUCUACACAGGUGACACAACAACAGCAGCCUCUGUCUCUUCUACACAGGUGACACAACAACAGCAGCCUCUGUCUCUUCUACACAGGUGACACAACAACAGCAGCCUCUGUCUCGUCUACACAGGUGACACAACAACAGCAGCCUCUGUCUCGUCUACACAGGUGACACAACAACAGCAGCUUCUGUCUCGUCUACGCAGGUGGCACAACAGGAGCAGCAAUUUCAUAAUGAAAAGGUAAUACAUGCACAUAUUAUAAGUUAUAAGAUAGCUUAACUAAUGAGCAUUCUGCGACUCCAAUGUGCCACGUACAUCUACGUACAGUAUAGAUUGCAUAUAUACACCACAAGUCUCGUAGUGUUUCCGGGCAAGUUUAAUAUUUUCCAACAGAAUUUGACACACACACACUUAUAAUAUACAAGAUAAAUACGAAGAUCCCCCAUAUAGCCUAAACAGACUGUCGGGGCAAGUGCUGUUAGCGAGCACCUAUGAAAGCCUGUACGGCACACGAGUGGGUGGAUGGCCAGCACCACGCCCGGCCGCCUUUGUCUCCCCCGUGCUGAUAUUGUACACACCGCACCGGGUCGUCAAUUAAGACUGAGCCGACUCACUCUCACGCACAGACAGACCCACACACACACGCGCAAUAACCCCCUGCCUCGACACACACACGCACACGCGCGCGCAAACAGCACACGCCGCUCACCUAAACCCAAUCAAUCAGCCCCAAUCUAUCAGUCAAUCAUGCACAACCUGAGCUCCGGCGAGCCGUACGGGAGAGAGGAGGAACCGGAGCGACUCAGCUACCCGGCACUGGCGCUCGGCGUGGGUCUGGUCGCGGCCACUCUGCUCGGCAACUCCCUCGUGUGCCUCUGCGUGACCACCGAACGCUCCCUGCGCACGGCCACCAACUGGUUCAUCGUGAGCCUGGCAGUGGCCGACCUUCUGGUGGGAAUCUUGGUGCUGCCUCUGUUCGUCUACUCGGAGUUCCUGAGCGGCGUGUGGACACUGGGGAGCGGGCUGUGCGACGCUCUGAUGACCCUGGACGUGAUGCUGUGCACCGCCUCCAUCUACAACCUGUGCGCCAUCAGCCUUGACAGGUUCAUCGCGGUGCGCGCGCCCCUGCACUACGAGCACAAGCGCGUGAACGUGCGCCAGGCCGCCCUCAUCACCGCCACGUGGCUCCUCUCUCUGGCGCUCGCCUCGCCCCUGGCUCUGGGUGCGAACUCGAACCCGGAGCGCGACCCGGCCGUGUGCCGCCUGGAGCGGCCUGCCUUCGUCAUCUUCUCGUCCGUGUGCUCCUUCUUCGUGCCCUGCCCAGCCAUGCUCGCGCUCUACUGCUGCGUCUGCCGGGGGCUCCGGAGGUGGAGUGCGCGGCAUAAAUGCAGCAGCAGCAGCGUACGGCGUAGCCAGGAGAAGGAGAGUGUGCGGACGAGAGAGCUCAGCGGCGCAGGAGCUGUGAGGCCGAGUGGGUCUCCAACCUGCCAGGGUGAGAGUUCAAUCCCUGGCGAGAAGGAGCAGCAGCAGCAUCAGCAGCAGCAUCAUCAUCAGGAUGAGAAGAAGAAGGAGGAGCAUACAAGCGCAUUCACCAACCCCACCAGCAGCACCAUGAAGAGCGCUCACCGCUACCUGCAGGGCUCGUGCGGCAGGAGAGGCACCACCGAGGAGGUGAGUGGGAUGAGACCGAGCUGGUUCAUCGGCCGAAGAGAUCGCAAAGCCAUGAAGGUGCUUCCCAUCGUCAUCGGCGCAUUCCUCGUGUGCUGGACCCCCUUCUUCGUAGUGCACGUGUCCCACGCUGUGUGUCCCGGCUGUCGGAUCCCUGCGCUGGCCAGCGGGCCCUGCACGUGGCUGGGCUACGUGAACAGCGCCCUCAACCCCCUAAUCUACGCCGCCUUCAACCCGGACUUCAGGCGCGCCCUCCGCAGACGCUGCCCUUGCCAGAGCGCACCACCGCGUCGCCGCCGUUGUUGACAUGCGUGUGGAGGUGUCGGUGGGGGGGGAGAGGCGCAGAGAGAGAGAGAGAGGUGGGGAUUAUGGGUGCUCUGGAUACGAGAAAAUCUGUCAAUUGCCAACAGAGAAGUCACUCCCGAGCUGCAACCUCUCCUACCGGUCUCUGCGAGGGUGGUGGAUUCUCACCUCUAAAGCUCCAAGGAAAUUCGUCCAAGAUUCAGCACCUGUCCAACCGGGGGUUGGAGGUUCAGCAGAGAUGACGAUUUCCAUCAGACAGAACUCGGUCGCCUCUAGAUGACAGUACAGCAAGUGGGUUGCAGAUCAUUUGUAGUUGCAUGCUUUCAUGCAGGCACUGUACUUCCAUGAAGCACCACCAACAACAACACAAUUAAAAUGGAAGUGGUCAAACAUUUGAAGACCCUCCUGAUAAAGAUGUAUCGCGGUUGUCUAUGUACGGUACAAAAUAAGUUCAAAACAUAAAUUAUUGCUGUGACCGUCACUCAACUAACUCUGAUGUUCUGUUAAUGACUGCGCCCUCUAUAAAUAUCGGUUAUAAACAUUCCAAUUUUUUUUUUAAAUGGAGCCUAUUAGAAAAAUUGUGACAAAUUUUUAUUCUGAAAUAAACAUAGUUUAAUAUGUCUUUAUCAGUUUUGAUUAAUCUAAUGAUGAUGGUUUCCAAAAGUUCGGUUAAAACAUGCGUUUAAUAAGAAACAGAUAUUGCAAAAGUGUAUUCAUGUCCCAUUGCAACUUGUACACUUUAAUCUUGAUGUGUGCACUUUGCUACAGGCGUGUGCGUGUAUGUACGUACAGUGAUGGAAAAAAGCAUUUGAUCCCCUGCUGAUUUUGUACGUUUGCCCACUGACAAAGAAAUGAUCAGUCUAUAAUUUUAAUGGUAGGUUAAUUUGAACA